UAAGAUCAGACAAAUAUAUGCUCAAUUGCAAAAGACAACUGCUUAAGCACAUUUUAAGCUCUCUGAAGUGAUGUGCUUGGAAUCAGAAGGACUGUAACUAAGAACAAAAAACAAAGGAGAGAGAACGCAGCCCUGAAUACCUGAUCGAUGAAUCAAGUGGGGUGGUAGCUGAGGCUCGGGAUGGCUGAGAGGAGUGGAGGAAGUGGCAUGAGGGCGGCUGGUGGCAACUGGUCUGGGAAUCAUAGAUAUACAUAGAAGACUAGAUGCCUCACCGCGUAUUCCAGAACGUCCGCACAGGGCGGCCAUCUUACCACAGGCAAGCUUUUCCACAGAAUUUGCGGUACACUGAGUAAAUCCUGCUCCUGUUGAAGAAUAGAGAGUAAAGGCACACACCCUCAGUGCAACUAUUUGAGAAAUAUGACUACUUCAAACCAGAAUUUUGAGUUUGUGAGAACAGGUUAUGGGAAGAAUCAAGUUAAACUCCUGUAUAUCCAGCGGGAGAGGAAUCAACACCACAUCGUGGAGCUGAAAGCAGAUGUGCAGCUUACACUAAACUCUCGGAAAGAUUACCUGACUGGAGACAACUCGGACAUAAUCCCAACCGACACCAUGAAAAACACAGUCCAUGCACUGGCCAAGCUAAAAGGAGUUAAAACCAUUGAGGGCUUUGCCUUGGACAUCUGCAAUCAUUUCUUGACAGCAUUCAAACAUGUGACACGAGUGAAGGUCAACAUUGAGGAAGCCCCAUGGAAAAGACUUGAAAAGAAUUUGGUUCAACAUUCCCAUGCAUUCAUCUUCUCUCCAGAGUCUUUGCGCUUCUGUGAGGUUGAACAGUACAGAAAUGAGAAUGCAGUGAUCCACAGUGGAAUCAAAGACAUGAAGGUUUUGAAGACCACACAGUCAGGUUUUGAGGGCUUCCUGAAAGACCACUUCACCACUCUGCAGGAAACCAAGGAUAGAGUCUUCUGUACCUCGAUCUAUGCUAGGUGGCGCUAUAACCAGUACCGGGAAGUAAACUUUGACUUGGCAUGGAAAACUGUAAAGGACAGCAUCAUCGAGAAGUUUGCUGGCCCCUACGAUCAUGGGGAGUAUUCACCAUCUGUUCAGAAGACACUCUAUGAUGCACAGAUUCUUGCUCUUGAGAGAGUGCCAGAGGUCGAGGAGAUUGAAAUCAUCUUGCCAAACCAGCACUACUUUACUAUCGACAUGACUAAACUCGGACUCUCCAAUAAGGAUGAGGUUCUUCUACCUCUUGAUAAUCCAGCAGGCAAUAUUACCGGAACUGUACGCAGGAAACCACAAGCCAAACUGUGAAACUGCUCAGAAGAAAGGGGGAAUCUACAAACAAAGCCGUUUUAACAGACUUUAAUAAACCACACACACACAAAAAAAAGUUUAAGCCCUCCAUCUAUUCAAAUUUCACAAGUUAACAACAAAAAAAGUAAAAUGAGUUAAUUUUAAAAAGACCUGAUUUGGUCAGUGUGGCUCUGAAUGCAAUAGCUGCGACAAAUACUACUCACAUUUAAUAAAUAAGAAGUUUAAUAAAUAACCUGAAUGGGAACAUAUGUAUACUCUACAUAUACAUCAUGUGAUUUUGAAUGGAUUUAACACAUUUAUGGGCUUUUAUUAAAUCAAAAUACCUUUAAUUAGUGAUCCAGUUAUGGGAAAUUAAAUAUAAACUUACUUAAAAUGAGAAUAAACAGAUCAAAUGUUGUAUGGAUUCCUAUCAGUCCUUUAUAUAAUGCGGUAUUAUUGCAGAUGCAAAGGGUGUUGGAAAACACGGCACGAUUAAUUUCCAAAAUGAGCAAAACACUGACACAAGAAAUAAUUUGGGCAUCCAAUCAUGGAACUUGCAUAUAAAGUUUGUAAUGAUGGUUGUGAUCUCUUACUCAUCACUGGGAUGGUAACUAGGACUAUGGUUGAGUCAGUGCCUUUUUCAUUCAAGCACAAUUUAUUGCAAACAUCUGACAUUCAACGAAUCUUCUAUUGCAAGAAAUAGCUUUUGAACAGAUUUUGUUAAAAAGACACUUUUUGUAAAAAUGAACAUAGCUUCUUAAGCACCGGCAUCAGAAACACCAAUAAUUUCCAGUGCAUCAUCAAGACAAGUCAAAGGAGAGGUUCAGAAAUUAGUUGUCUAAAAGAAUCAUUUUGUGAUCCUCAUGUCAAAAUUAAUCAGAAAAGCAAUCAAAUACGUCAAAUCGUCUUCGAACAUAAUUAACCCAUUUACACACAAAAGGAGCCUGGUUUUAAAUCAGACACCAGGCUCUAGCUACCUGUGACACUGCUUAAAAGUCCUUAGUU